AUGGGCAGAGUAUCUGACGUAGAGGUCAAUGACGUCGGAGCUGAUGUCUCUGGGGACACCUUUAUCAGCCCCAGAGAUGGCACCGCAAACGAUGUGCAGGAUAUGCAGCGGAUGGGCAAGCAGCAGCAGCUCCAACGUAACUUUGGCUUUCUAUCUAUAUUCGGCUUCUCCAUGAUCUUGAUGAGCACAUGGGAGAGUACUCUCGGAACCGCGGCGUUUGGUCUCGGAAAUGGAGGAACGGCCGGAUUAAUCUAUGUAUAUCUCGGGACUGUUGUCGGCUUUUCGCUGGUGAUUGCAUCAAUGGCUGAGAUGGCUUCAAUGGCGCCCACUGCUGGUGGCCAGUACCACUGGAUUUCGGAGUUUGCGCCUCGAAGUUCUCAGAGAUUUCUCUCUUAUAUCAUCGGCUGGUUGUGUGUGCUUGGAUGGCAGGCUGGUACAGCGUCCUCUUGUUUCCUAGCUGGAACCGAGAUCCAGGGACUCGUUAUCCUUAACUACGACAACUACGAGCCCCAGCGAUGGCAUGGAACCCUAAUGGCAAUGGCCAUCAUUGCGCUGUGUGCACUUUUCAACACUGUUCUCGCGAAGCGACUCCCAUUGGUUGAAGGAGUGGUGCUCAUCCUUCAUAUUGCUGGCUUCUUUGCAAUUUUGAUCCCACUAUGGAUUCUUGCUCCACGGUCGUCCUCGAAGGAUGUAUGGACUAAAGUUGAGGAUGCGCAAGGAUGGGGAAGCAAAGGGCUAGCCAGUUUAGUUGGAAUAAUCACACCAGUUGUGUCGCUCCUGGGAGCUGAUGCUGCAACGCACAUGUCGGAGGAGUUGAAGAACGCAUCAAAGACACUUCCCAAGGCGAUGCUUGCAACUGCGAUGUUCAAUGGUUCUCUAGGCAUCAUCAUGGUGAUCACUUUCUGCUAUACAAUUGGUGACGUCGAUAGUGUUCUUGCAACACCAACUGGAUACCCUUUCAUUCAGGUAUUUUAUAAUGCCACCAUGUCCAAAUCAGGCGCCACGGCUAUGACAGCUAUUAUGGUUUCGCUGUCUAUUUUCUGUGGUAUGACAAACAUGGCCACUGCUUCAAGACAGCUUUUCGCAUUUGCUCGAGAUAACGGUCUUCCAUUUGGCAAAUUCUUUCAAAAGGUUCCCCUUGGUUGGGAUAUCCCGCUCAAUGCUAUCAUUUUCACUGUCAUAGUGAGCUCACUGCUCUCCCUCAUCAACAUUGGUAGCACGAUUGCGUUCAACCAAAUCACCUCCCUUGGUCUCUGUGCAUUGUUAUCCAGUUACAUCGUCUCCAUUUCCUGUAUGGCUCUCAAGAGGAUACGCGGUGAAAAAUUGCUGCCCUCGCAUUUCCGCAUGGGCUCCCUUGGGCUGCCUAUUAACUUGCUUUCCAUUGCCUUCCUGGUAGUGGCGUAUGUUUUCUGCUUUUUCCCACCAAUGCCAAAGCCACCGCUUGAUGGAAUGAACUGGAGCGUUGUUAUUUAUUUUGGAGUGUUGCUGUUUAGUUUGGUUUACUUUGCCUUCCGAGGAAGACAUAAGUAUGUUGGGCCUGUGGAGUAUGUGAGAAAGAGUGCUUGA